ACUGUUCGAAGGUGGUCGUGUAUGAUUGUUGUGGACAUGCAAGCAAGCACGUAUCUGAUUGGUCCACCAAACUUCACAUCUUCAUGUUGAUUCACAGGACCUUCUUUUGUUAAGUGUCGGCUUGUUGGUUUCAUCUUAUAUUUCAGAUCAAACAAACCGAUUCUCUAUAAAUAAGCCCGAGAGUUUAAAAGUGAGUGUUUAGAGAGCGAAUCGAGUCAUCUGCGUUGCGUCAUUGCUUGAUGCAGGUGUCUAACGGUUGAUUGUCCCCGCUGUGAAACAUCUCUGGAAGAUUGUAUACCCUCAUCAGCAUCUGGUCAGAUGCGAUUGACCGACAUGAAUACCUCAAAUAUGCUUCUCAUCUCGUUGCUGACGAUGGCAGCGAUGACCACCGCUCAUGCUCAGUGCGGAUCUAUCACCGCCAUCAACAUCAGCUACGUUGAAGACUUCGUCUAUGUUUUCGAAGGACGCGAUACCAACUUCACCUUGACUAUUGACGACGUAGUUAGUGAUGGGAUCUUGUCUUUCCGUUCAGCUAGCCCUUUUCACUUCGAGUUGAAGGACCCGGAUGUGACCUUUAACCUUACGGUUGGCGGGAAUUAUCCAAUGAACAUUACCACAGCUAUCAUGGGCAACGUGAUUUCAAUCAAGGAACUGGAACUAUUAUUCACCCCUGAUGAAUCAGAGGACACCCUUGUCGUUGGUUCUCAAAGCGUAGGUGUCCGUCGUGUUCCACAGCUUCUUUCGGUAGUCUACAUCUAUGUACUCCUGGUAUGGGUGGUACUCAGCUACAUAUCUAUGGGUGGUAGCAUGGAUCUCAAAGCUAUAUGGCAGAAAAUUCGACGACCUUAUGGUAUCCUGAUUGGUCUGUUUUGUCAGUUUAUCAUCAUGCCUGCUCUUACCUUCGCCAUUGCCCAACUCAUCACCGAUGAGCCAGAAGCACAGAUCGGUAUUGUUUUAGUUGGUACAUGUCCUGGUGGUUGGUUGAGUAACAUCUUCAGCGUCCUUCUCGAUGUCGAUUUCACCUUGAGUAUAACGAUGACGUUCUUCUCAUCCAUCAUCGCACUCGGGAUGAUGCCCCUGAAUCUCCUCAUCUAUGCUUCACCUUUCACUGGAGAUGAUUCCAGGCUUGGCACUCCGUUUGUCGAUCUCAUUCAACAGCUCGUCAUCCUCAUCCUUCCUGUCUUCCUCGGUAUAGGACUCUCAUAUAAGUUCAAGAAGUUCAAGAAGUUUUGUGAAAAAGUAAUCAAGCCCAUAUCAGCUCUUCUGAUCAUCGUUGGUCUAUCCCUGGGCAUCCCAGCAGACCUCUAUGCCUACACCACGUCACCAAUUAAUAAUUGGAUAGCGAGUAUCAUCACCCCAAUCUUCGGAGCUUUCUUCGGCCUCUCCUUCGCUCGUAUCUUCGGUCGUGAUCUCCGUACCUCGAUCACCAUCUCGUUAGAGACCGGAGUGCAGAACGCUCUCCUUGGUCGUACCAUCGUAGCUCUCUUCUACCCUCAACCCGAAGCUGAUCUCAUUGCUCGCGUUCAAGUCACCUUCGUCUUAGUGACGCUCAUAGAGGGAACGGUAGCUUCAUUAAUCUACUCUUUAUUCAGGUAUAUAUGUUGUCGCAAGCAAUGCGAUAAGAUCAUGCCGAAGGACGAAGAGAAGAAUGACGAGGAGGUUGUGGUAGUCGAUGACAUCGAACCUAAUAUUGGUUAUGAGAGCAAUGGAAAUACGACCAACCCAAGCGGAGCCGAGAAUGCAGGGUUUGAGAUGCAUGAGGAUUAGGAUGAUCGAGGCUAUAUGCCAAUCGAUAAUACAUCGAUAAGACAUCGAUGGGCAUAUAGCAGUUAUGACCACGAGACCGAGACGAGACCGAUAAGACAUCGAUGGACAUAUAGCAGUUAUGACCACGAGACCGAGACGAGACCGAUAAGACAUCGAUGGGCAUAUAGCAGUUAUGACCACGAGACCGAGACGAGACCGAUAAAACAUCGAUGGGCAUAUAGCAGUUAUGCCCACGAGACCGAGACGAGACCGAUAAGACAUCGACGGGCAUAUAGCAGUUAUGCCCACGAGACCGAGACGAGACCGAUAAGACAUCGAUGGGCAUACACCAGUUAUGCCCACGAGACCAAGACGAGACCGAUAAGACAUCGAUGGGCAUAUAGCAGUUAUGCCCACGAGACCGAGACGAGACCGAUAAGACAUCGAUGGGCAUACACCAGUUAUGCCCACGAGACCAAGACGAGACCGAUAAGACAUCGAUGGGCAUAUAGCAGUUAUGCCCACGAGACCGAGACGAGACCGAUAAGACAUCGAUGGGCAUACACCAGUUAUGCCCACGAGACCAAGACGAGACCGAAUACAACAUUAUAGAUAUCCAGGGUGUUAAUUAUGGUACAUUAUAUUACUAUAUGCAUUAUGUCAUGUUAUUACUAAAA